AUAUAAUGGAAUAUAACCCAUUAACAAUUCCAUGUGAUUGGAAUAUGGCCAGAAAACAUGCUUUAGCUAGACGAACUGCUCCUGAUACUAAGGCUCGUAUUGAUGAUUAUGAUGAUGAAGAAUAAAAAAAACGUAUUUUUAAUGAUCUAUUCAGCUGAAACAUGUCCUUGUUGUGGUUUUGAAAUUGAAAGAAAGGAAAUUCCAUAUUGGGAUGAUAUCAAAUCACUUAAAUUUUUGGGUGCAGGAUUUCCAUUAUUUUAUAAUUUUUUGAAAUUUUGCAUCCUGUUAUUAUGUUUGCAAAGUCUUGUAGCUGUGUUCAAUGUUUUGAGUAACUAUUAAGGUGAAUUUUGCAAGUAAAUCUUAUAGUUAUUUAGUCAAAAAACUUUAAAUCGCAUUUCUUAAUAGAUGGAACCUAAUUGUUAAGAAUCCAUAUUCCUAUAAUUGUCAAUAGCUAAUAAACUCAAGUGAAUAGUAUUCAUAUUUAUUUAGUAAUUCCGAAGUUGUGGUAUUUAUACAAAAGGCCAAUCUUAUUAUGCUUAUUUUGAUGAUCAUCCUACUUUAAUUCUUUAGAAGAUUUCAAAAAAAAUUAGAUAAUUAAAUAGAUGAAUCUCAAUUAACUCCAAGUGAUUACACCAUUAUGGUGACCAACAUUCCAAAAACUUUAAAUGUCAAUUAUAGAUGGGAAUUGACUAAUUUAUUUUAAAAUUAUGCAGUAUCAGACAUGAACUUUUAAAUAACUGUUACAAAAGUUGUUUUAGUGUAUGAUAUUACAGAAAUUUUGGCAGAAGAAGCUAAAAUAUCUUCCAUAUUAAAGAAGAAAAAAACUGCAUUAUAAACAUCGAAUAUGAAAUUUGAUUGUUAAGAUGUAAGAGAUUGUGAUAUUGAAAUUGAAACUUCACAGAGGAGAAUAAAAGAUUUGUAAGAAGAAUAUUUUUGGACAAAUAGAUAAUUUAGCGGUGUUGCUUUUGUAUCAUUUGAAAGUGAAAAAAUGAAAGACUUAGUUUUAAGUUAAAACAAACACACUUUUUUGGAUAAAAUGAAAACAUUUUUAUAUUCUGGUAAAACUCCAGGUUUAGAUGAAAUGGAAUUGCAAUGGUAGGCCUAAAAGUUAUUUAUUGAAUAAGCAUCAGAACCUAAUGACAUUUUGUGGGAAAAUUUGGCCACUUUAACUCAAGAUAAAAUAGUGGCCAGACUUAAAGGAUUUUUCAUUACUAUAAUUGCAUAAGCAGUUACAUUUAUUUUUAUUUAUUUUUUAUCAAUCAGAUGCAUUUAAUUAGUUUAUAAUGAAGAAAUAGAGAAAAAAAGAAUUGGAGUUGAUGAUCAAGAAAAGUUAAAGAAAAUAUAAAUGAUUUCAUUUGCAAUUGCAUCAUCAAUCGUUAUGGUUAAUAAAUUAUUAAUUGAACCUUUGAUGAAAUGGAUUACAAAAAUAGAAAAAAUAUCUACAAACACAAAAUUUUAAAUAUCAUAUGCAAAUAAAUUAACAAUUUCAUUAUUUGUAAAUGCUGCAAUAGUUAGUUAUGUUAUAGACAUUUUAAUAUUUAGUAAUAUAUAUGGUUUUGGUGGAUUUAUGUAUAAUGAAUCUUUGAUAUUUAUAUUGAAUGCUGCAGUAGCACCAAUAAUUUGGUUAAUAGAUCCUUGGACUUUGGUUAGAAAAUUACAAAGAGAACAUUAAAUUUAAAAAGUGAAUGAUUGUUUGCUUACACAAAAGGAAGCGAAUGAAAUCAUGGAAGAUGUUGAUUAUUAAUUAGCAAUGAGAUAUGCAGAUAUAAUCAAAACUAUGUGGUUUACCUUCUUUUUUGGAACAGCUAUUCCUUUAGGUGUAUUUAGUUCUUUAAUUGGUUUAUGUUUAUUUUAUCUUGUUGAUAAAUAUAACAUAUUAAGAAGAAGAACAGUUAAGGAAAGUAUAUCUUAAGAGUUGUCAUGGUAGAUGAUAAAUAUGCUUGAAUUUGUUGUCUUAUUUAAUCCUUUGGGUAACACAGCAGUAUCAUUAUUUCUUAACUAAAAUUUUGAUAUUUAUUCAACACUUGGAGUAAUAAUAGGAUUAAGUUUUUAAAUAUUGCCAAUACAUCGUUGUGUAGAUAGUAUGUUUCCUAUCAAGAAUUUAGAAGAAGUAUUAAUAAUUAUGAUAUUAGCCUGUGUCGUAUAAAAAAGCAUAGAUAGAGUUUGAUACUGAUUAUGACAGAGAGAAUCCGGUAACGAAAUAAAAGGCAAUUGCUGAGUACUCUUUGUAAUUGUAGGGUAUUACUUAAGAAAGAAAAGUGGAAUAUUAAAUCAUGCAUGAAGAUCAUUGAUUUAUAUUUAUAUACUUAAUAAAUGGAAUAAACUUUAUUCAUCUCAUAAUAAGAAAUAGAACAAGUGACUAAAUAAAAAACUAUUAACAUUAAUCUUGGUGUUCUAGGACAUAUAGAUUCUAGUAUGACUUCUUUGGUUAAAAUAUUGUCGAAAGUUAUUCAAAUUAUUUAGGAUUGUAAUCGGAAAAACCACUAAUUGCAUCCAAAUUAAAUACAAAUUUAGAAGCAAAAAUAUGUAGAGUUAGCUUUUAUGGAAAUAUUUUACAUUCUUANAAUUGCAUCAUCAAUCGUUAUGGUUAAUAAAUUAUUAAUUGAACCUUUGAUGAAAUGGAUUACAAAAAUAGAAAAAAUAUCUACAAACACAAAAUUUUAAAUAUCAUAUGCAAAUAAAUUAACAAUUUCAUUAUUUGUAAAUGCUGCAAUAGUUAGUUAUGUUAUAGACAUUUUAAUAUUUAGUAAUAUAUAUGGUUUUGGUGGAUUUAUGUAUAAUGAAUCUUUGAUAUUUAUAUUGAAUGCUGCAGUAGCACCAAUAAUUUGGUUAAUAGAUCCUUGGACUUUGGUUAGAAAAUUACAAAGAGAACAUUAAAUUUAAAAAGUGAAUGAUUGUUUGCUUACACAAAAGGAAGCGAAUGAAAUCAUGGAAGAUGUUGAUUAUUAAUUAGCAAUGAGAUAUGCAGAUAUAAUCAAAACUAUGUGGUUUACCUUCUUUUUUGGAACAGCUAUUCCUUUAGGUGUAUUUAGUUCUUUAAUUGGUUUAUGUUUAUUUUAUCUUGUUGAUAAAUAUAACAUAUUAAGAAGAAGAACAGUUAAGGAAAGUAUAUCUUAAGAGUUGUCAUGGUAGAUGAUAAAUAUGCUUGAAUUUGUUGUCUUAUUUAAUCCUUUGGGUAACACAGCAGUAUCAUUAUUUCUUAACUAAAAUUUUGAUAUUUAUUCAACACUUGGAGUAAUAAUAGGAUUAAGUUUUUAAAUAUUGCCAAUACAUCGUUGUGUAGAUAGUAUGUUUCCUAUCAAGAAUUUAGAAGAAGUAUUAAUAAUUAUGAUAUUAGCCUGUGUCGUAUAAAAAAGCAUAGAUAGAGUUUGAUACUGAUUAUGACAGAGAGAAUCCGGUAACGAAAUAAAAGGCAAUUGCUGAGUACUCUUUGUAAUUGUAGGGUAUUACUUAAGAAAGAAAAGUGGAAUAUUAAAUCAUGCAUGAAGAUCAUUGA